AUGCCUCCCAGGCUGAACAUCCCGCCUAUAACGCGCAUCCUCCUCAUCGCUCUAGUCACCCAGUCGCUAUUGAGCUUCGCCAUCCGGUACAGACAAUGGUCGGAGGAGUCUGACAUCGUGGUGCCAUACCUGUCACUGGUGCCGCAACUAUCGCUCAUGUACCCUUGGACCUUUAUCACGACUACACUGGUGGAAAACAAUGUGUUUACCUUGGGGAUAGCUGGCCUGACCAUUUUUUAUGGAGGGCGAUACCUGGAAAGAGCUUGGACAUCGGCCGAAUUCGCAAAGUUCCUUCUGAUUACAGCUCUGAUCCCCAAUAUUCUGUCCUUUGGAUUAUUGGUCCUUCUUUUCGCCAUGACGGGAGAUAUGCGCUGGACCUUGACGACUGUCAAUGGCACCAUACCUCUGCAGAUCUCCUUCCUCGUCGCCUUCUCACAGCUGGUACCUGCGCACACUGUCACCCUCUUCCGCGGCAUUGUAUCCAUGCGGGUUCCUCGAUUCCCGCUCCUUCAUACCGUGACCGUCUUCUUGCUGUCCCUUACUCCCCUCUUCACUGCAGCCUCUUUCCUCCUAGUCACAUCCGCGUUUUUGACUAGCUGGACAUACCUUCGAUUCUACAAGGCUGCCCUCCCAGACUUGGACACCAACCAGGCCUCGCUGCGUGGGGACGCGAGCGAGUCGUUCGCGUUCGCUGAGUUCUUCCCUGACGCAGUGAAGCCCAUUGCAGUCGGAGUAUCUGACCAGAUAUACAAUAUUUUGGUUACACUGCGCAUAUGCACACCUUUCUCUGCGGCUGAUGUAUCGGCAUCUCGGGGCGAUACAUUUGUACAGCGGGGAACGCCCGGUAGCGCAAGGCAAGAGGCAGAGAGAAGGAGAGCGUUGGCGUUGAAGGAAUUGGAUCAGAGAUUGAAUGCUGCAUCGAAGCCGAAGCCUCAAGCCCCUCCGCCGGCAGGGCCUAGUGCCCAGAUCCAGCCUCAGCCUGUUCAGACACCGGCUGCGAUGCUGGGAGAGACGAGUUACGUGCCAGAGAGAGAGGGAGAGGCGGAAGGACAUUAA